GAAAUUCAAAAAAAAUAACCGUUGGGCACCAAAUUAAAUGCCCAACAGCUAUAUUUUUGAAUUCAAACGGCCCUCCACCUCUCUCCCUAUAUAUUCCUAUCACCUUGGCCAUUUUUUCACACUUUCAACUUCACAAAUUGCAUUCCUUUAGCAUAAUCUUCAUAAAUUCUUCAUAAUUUUCUCUCUUUUGUCUCAAUGGCCGGAGGAAAAUCUAAGAGCAAGGCCUCCAAGAAGAAGACCAACGUCGAAGCAACGUCCUCUGCGCCCCAGCAGUUUCCAUACCUGGACGGAUCCUUCCUCGAAUUUGGCUCAGAGGAAGAACUUACUCGAUUCAUCACCCACUUCGCCAAACGUCCCAUCUCACCGCUAAGGGUGCUGCCCGAGCUGUUCCCUCAACAGAAGGGAUACUACGACCUUGACAACCAACUUAAGGAGUCGGGGCUGCCCACCCGCGGUGACGACAUCGCGACAUAUGGUGGCGAUGAUUGGAUUCUCAACAACGAGGCGGUGGUCAUCCGAGAGCUUGGAAUCACCAACCUCAUCCGUCACAGCGGCGCACCAACCAUCCACUCAGCCCCGCCGGAAAAGCGUCUUCUACUCUACAUCCUCACCCGGAUUCUUUGCCCCCGGGACGGUAGCCACACCUGUCUCUUCAACGAGGAUCUCAAGGCCGUUCAUGCUAUCACCCAUGGCGCCUCGAUCAAUUGGGCAAAAUUCGUCAUGAUUCACAUGGCGGAUUGCGCCUCCAUCACCACCGAGCGGAGCUUGCCAUAUGCCUUCCUCGUCAUGGAUCUCAUUGUUGCCUCCGACAUCCACAUCACCGGCCCGGACACGAAGAUGACGAAGAUUUGGAUCAUCCAAGAUAGCACCUUCCGGAAGAAGUCUGGUGACAGAACCGGGGCAGGACCCAGUCGGGCUCCAGCCCUCGCUCCCGCCAAAGCCUCUUUACAGUCCAUAGCCGAUACCCUAAAUCGGCUAACCAUCACCGUGGAUGGCAUGGGCCAGUACCUGGAAAGGAUGGACUGGACGCUGCAACACCAACACCACGACAUGACGGCGUUCUUCCGUGGCAUCAACUACGUCCCGCCGCCCUUUGACACCACCUUCCUUGGCCAGAACUAUGAAGGCGAGGACGAGGAGGAUAACUCCUAUGCUCCGUCCUCCUCCCCCGACGAAGCCGACUUUGAGGAUGUGGUCGACGGGGACCCCAUGGACGUCGAGGACGACGAAGAAGACGAUGACGCCGAGGAAGAGGACGCCGAUGCCUAGACUCUUCCUUCUCUCCUUUCCCUACUUUAAUUGCAAUUCCUUUAUCUAUUUAAAUUCCGUUGUACGCAGCAUUUUCUCCUCUUUUAAUGAAUAAAAGUUUACUUUUAAACUCUAAAAGUUCACUUUAAAUUCUUUUUGUUAAUGUCAAAAGGGGGAAGAUAGCAAGGUUAUGCAUAAAUUGAGGGGUAAUCU